CUGGUGGCCCAGAACGGGGGGUACUUCGACAUGGACACCGGGGAGUGCCUGGGGAACGUGGUGAGCGACGGGAGGCUGGUGAGGAACUCCGGAGGGGUGCAGAACGCCCAGUUCGGCAUCCGGAGGGACGGCACCCUGGUGUUCGGUUACCUGUCUGAGGAAGAUGUCCUAGAUCAAGCAAACCCUUUUGUGCAGCUGGUGAGCGGGGUGGUUUGGCUCCUCAGAGAUGGAGAAGUUUACAUCAGUCAGAGCCAAGUGGCCGAGUGUGGUGACAUUCAAACCACAGGAACCUUUCAGAAGUUCAUCAAUGUCAUCUCAGCCAGGACAGCAGUUGGACAUGACAGCCAAGGGCAGCUGGUCCUGGUUCAUAUGGAUGGACAGACAGAGUCCAGAGGGGUCAACCUCUGGGAAAUGGCUGAAUUUCUGAAGCAGCAGGGAAUCAUCAAUGCCAUCAACCUGGAUGGUGGAGGGUCUGCCACACUGGUCUUGAACGGGACCCUGGCCAGUUACCCCUCUGAGCACUGCCCCUUCGACAACAUGUGGCGCUGCCCUCGGAACGUCUCCACCGUGGUGUGUGUCCAUGAGCCCCCCUGCCAGCCUCCUGACUGCAGUGGGCAUGGGCACUGCCUGGGGGGGCACUGCCACUGCACGGGGGGCUUCUGGAGAGGCCCAGCCUGUGACAUCUUGGACUGUGGCCCCUCCAACUGCAGCCUUCAUGGCACCUGCAGCCCCGCUGGAUGCCUGUGUGACCCCGGCUGGAUGGGCAGCAACUGCACUGAAGCUUGUCCUCAUGGUUUCUAUGGGGACACUUGCACCCAGAAGUGCCAGUGCCAGCACGGUGGCUCCUGUGACCCUGUGCAUGGCACCUGCUCCUGCCCAGCUGGGUACUAUGGCAUCAGCUGUGCCCUAGAGUGUCCCAUGGGCUGGUACGGGCCGGGCUGCCAGCAGCAGUGUGGCUGUGAGCACGAGUGUCCCUGUGACCGGGUGACAGGCAGCUGCAACAUCACCUCCGAGUGGGCACUGCAGGACCAGUUGAACAAAGCUGGACGGUGUUUGGCUUCCCAGAAUAAGGGAAGGAGCAAAGAAAAGUUCUCUCUGUCAGAAAAAACCUGGAUCUCCAUGACCUCUGUCUUGGCUCUGCUUCUGGUGAUCAGUGCCAUGGGCAACGUGGGCCUUUUCCUCAAGGCCAGGUCGGAGAGGCAGCGGGAGGGUGGGAACUAUCUGUACCAGCCCCUGCGGGAGCUGAACGGGGAAGCCACCUCCACCUCUGCUGCCUGUGAGACAGAAGAUGCUCAGGACCAAAGCCAAGCCCUCCUUCCGAGCCCCAGCUAA